CAGAAAAAAGGUAUACAGUUAUCGACGAUUAUCGACGAUCACCCAACUACAAGGCCAAACCUUCCGAACGUCGUCUGUGCGAUAAUCGAAUCAAGCAUGGAUGGUAUCGAUUUAAAAUUAACGGAUCUGAUGCAGAGAUGCCAACCACGUGCAUUCCGCACGGUUGUGGAACACGUGCCCCUAUUUGGCUUCCUCUGCCAGCAGAUGGAUUACCUUCUCCCGGAAAGAAAAUAAGAACGCAAGCAUGCGCAUCGUUUGAGGUACCAGGAAGAGAAUUAAAAUGUUGUGGACUAAAAUUUCCAGUUACCGUUAAAAACUGUGGUGAUUUCUUUGCAUAUCGUCUGCGAAGUACAAAAGGAUGUGAUCUUGCAUACUGUACUAAAGCAAUAAAUGUGGUUUGUGAAGUUGGACAAGUUUAUGUGCUUCAUUUGCAAAAAUGUGUUGAUGUUGUUGUUGAGAUCUCUAAACCAAAAUUACAUGUGAAAAAAUAUCCAGAUAGGGUGUCAGUUGUGUGUUUAUUUGAUGUGAAUAACAUCACUGUAUCACAACAUAAGCCAACAUUCUCUGUGACCUGGAUCAGGAUCAGGAAUGGUGUAUCUACAGUUAUUAAGUUCAAAUUCCUGUCAGACACAAGGGACCAAGUGGUUCUGGGGAAAGAUGUUCUCACAGGUGACUCGGUUGCAUGUGAAGUUAUGCCAGUCCAUCAGAAACGAAGCAAAUCUUCAGAGUUACUGUUCCUGGGAAUACAGGUGAUGGAGACCAAUAUAGUUUUACAAGAGAAUGGACAACCAGAGACGUUAACGUUUGUGUCCACAGUACCAUUAACAUGUGAAACAGAGAGGUGUAAACUAGACAUGGUGUUAACAGUCAAAUAUCCAAAAGAAAACACUCUGUCCAAUGUUUUACUAUCCCGUUGUCUCCUAGAGUUCCGACCUAAUGACAGAUGUCAAGGUAUUGGAUGCAUCUCACAACAGGUCAAGGUUGCAAUGACCUCUAACCUUUACACUUUAAAUGUCAAGGACAUUCAUAUUUCUGGCUACCUGUAUGUGGAUGAACAGGUCAUGUGGAAUCAAGACACUGUACAAGCAAAGAUAAAAGUGAUAGAUCUGCCAUCAGCUUCCUGUUACAUGACAGCUGGUGUAUUUAUUUUGUCAUUCCAGAACAAUAUGUCUAAAUUAUCUAGAAGAGGAACAUAUAUCCUUCUGAAGAGCAGAAAUAAUGAGUUUGAGAUCCAGAUAAGAGUGACCAACUGUCCUGAUGAAAAUUUACUUUGUGUUUGUGGUGCUGCCAUUUAUUACAAGGAGACGAGACUGAUCAUUGACAGGUGUAGGUCAACUAAUAAGGAAGGGGAUAUAUUUAUACAAUAUCGCCCUGCCAUGAGGGCUAAUAUGAAGAUAUUUGAAGGACGACAUGGGAAAUUGAUAUAUAUUGUUUUGGACAAUAAAGCUCAGGUACGAAUUGACCUUCGACACCAAAGUAUGACCUUGACCGUACAGUCGUCAGGAUAUUUUACAGACAGGAUGGAUGGGUUGUGUGGUACGAUUGGUAAUAAUACAUGGUACCAUAGUAACGAUGUACAGACAAGUCAGCCUCUUGUUGAUUGGAGGUUACUUCCAGGUCUUAGUUUGUUUGCGAAUUAUGAACUCUUAUUGAUGAACUUGACCCCUCAGAUGCCAGAAUGUGAUUGUUCGAUGUCUUCAUAUGAGACUUCCUGUCCAAAAUCAUCUGCUGCAAAACCACAAUUUUUAUUUUAUCUGAAAGAGACCACAUUCUAUUGGAUAAACAAAACUCAAGGAACCAAUCAAAUACCAGAUUACAUGUUUGAAGGAGAUUUUGAUGAUGAAGAAAUUGAAACUAAACAGCCUGUUAAGGAUGGGCAGCUUGCAAAUGACAGUUGUAAAAAUAUGUUUAUGACGUCAGGGAUUGCCAAAACUUGCUUAAAUAAAAUUAGAAUUGAUAUUGAUACAGUGAUGAAUAUCUGUGUUGCCUUGGCAACCUCCUAUCAAAAUUCAACAUGGAUGCCUGAGGUUUUACGUCUGUUAGAAAAUUUAUGUGAAACUCAAUUGAAUAAAAGAACGAAUUCAACUGAUUUGGGUGAACUUGCUGAUGUGAAUAUUGAGGACAUCCGCCAAGCAAUUCUUUGUCCUGAAGGUUGCUAUGGAAAUGGCAUUUGUGUAGAAAAUGGAUGUUUGUGUUACCAAGGAUUCUCGGGUAUAGAAUGUCUAACCAAAGCAGAGGUCACAACAACCACAAGUUCUACUACCAUGCCAACGACCUCCAGCACAACGACCCCAACAACUACAACAACAAGCACAACUUUAGCAACAACAACUGUAACCACGACAACAACAGCUCCACCUACUGUAAUCAUGACAACAACUCAAUCAACAACCACUACAACAACAACAGCAGCUGCAUCAACAACAAAAAUGACAACAACAACUGAAGUUCCUGUCUCCAUGGUUACCUGUGACACUAGAUCUUCACAUUGUAGUACAGCUCAUGUUGAUUUGUUACGGUCUGGUGAAUUUGUAACAAAAUGUAAUGUGACGCUCAUGCAGUUCACACAAUAUGGCUGGGAACCAGUUGGUGAUGUUUAUACAACUUUACUUCGCUAUGUAGACAGUACAACGGUAGAAUGUAUGUUACCAAUGGUUACCAGAGGUGAUGACUUUGUCAAUGUGUAUAAAGUUCAGAUACCAAAAGGUGACAAAAUGGUUUUGAGGACACAGAUAGUUGCUGUUCUUGACAGUCUUUGUCAGAUGUGUGAUAUCUACGGAGGCUGUACGCUGAGAACUGGUACCUGUUUCAUUGACAGAAGAUGUUACAGAGAUAAAGAUACCAGUCCAAGGAAUGUCUGUCUACAGUGCCUGACAAGUAACAGUAAAAACACAUGGUCUUCUAGAACAGACAAUUUUCCUCCAAGGUUAGAACAGGACCGGUCCACUAUUUCAGUCAUUAAUGGAGACACAGUAAAGACUAAUAUAACAGCCAGAGAUCCAGAAAACAUGGAUAUCUACUAUGGUAGUAAUGACGAGGGUGCUAUGGUCAGUACAUCAGGAGAAUUCACAUGGCAUGUCCAGUUAUCAGAGCCAACCAAGAGGGACGGACGAUAUAAUUUUGUGAUAAAUGUUACAGACAGUUGUGGGGCAUCUAGUACAUUUGUUUUAACAGUACUUGUAAAACAGUGUACUUGUCAAAAUGGUGGACUUUGUGAGAAUCAAGUUGUGACUAAUAAUAGAACAGAUUAUAAAUGUAGUUGUUCAUCGUCUUUCACAGGGAAAUUUUGUGAGACCAAAGUAAAUGGUUGCCAUAGUGACCCAUGUUUCCCUGGAGUCCAUUGUACAGAGACUUCUGAAUCUUAUGCAUGUGGUAGUUGUCUUGAUGGUUACCAAGGCGAUGGAGUAAAUUGUAGAAAGACUUGUGCCUCACAACCAUGUUUCCCUGGUGUAAUGUGUAAAGACCUGAACAGUCCUUAUCAAGGCUUUGUCUGUGGUGCUUGUCCAAAAUAUUACUAUGGUAAUGGUGAAAAGUGUUAUAGAAAUGAUGAGAAAGCUUGUGAAAAAACCAUGUGCUCAGAUCUAGUUACUUGUGAAGAAAGUUUAAAUUAUCCUGGAUAUCGCUGUGGUGACUGUCCCAAUGGUUACAUAGGCAAUGGUACUAUGUGUCAAGCAUUCUGUUUUCCACCUUGUAAAGAUGGGAAGAUUUGUACUCAGCCAGGUGUUUGUGGAUGUCGUCAUGGUUACCAAGGACCAGGAUGUAGUCAAGCAAAAUGUAGAAUCCAGUGUCAGAAUAGGGGCUUCUGUUACCAACCAGACAAGUGUUUUUGUCCCCCUGGAUACACAGGCCAGUAUUGUGAAACAGAGUUAUGUCCGCUUGGAUGUGCUAAUGGUGGAUCCUGUCUUGGUAAAAACUUGUGUGCCUGUUUAUCUGGCUACAGAGGUCAUAGAUGUGAAAUAGAAUCUUGUUCUAUCACGUGUCUGAAUGGUGGAACUUGUGUUGGAUUUAACCGAUGUCGGUGUACGGAACAGUUCAAAGGAGUCUUUUGUGAACAAGCUGUGUGUGAACCAGAUUGUAUUAAUGGAGGUGUGUGUGUCCGUCCAGGGGUUUGUUACUGUCCCAUGGGAUACCAUGGCCGUCAGUGUGAAAAUGCAUUCUGUUAUCCUUCUUGUGAAAAUGGUGGUUACUGUACAGCAGAGAACCAGUGUCAGUGUCGCCCAGGGUUUGCAGGAUUACAAUGUCAGUUAAAAUAUUGCUUGAAAAAUAUGUGUCAGAAUGGCGGGCGAUGUGUUGGACCAGGAGCUUGUGUUUGCAGGGCAGGAUGGGAAGGCAAAUAUUGCAGACGACCUACAUGUCAUCUUGGUUGUCAAAAUGGUGGUUAUUGCUAUUUACCCAAUAGAUGUCGCUGUCCACCUGAGUACUGGGGACCAUUUUGUCAAUUUCCAUCAUGUUACCCUCCAUGUGGAUAUGGCAGUCUGUGUACGUCAACAAACUAUUGCACAUGUCGUAAAUAUUAUACAGGAAAAUAUUGUAGAAGACGAAAAAGAUGAAAUAGUGACCUUAUUACCAAGAAUUCCAAAACAUUCCAGAUUAAUCUACAUUAUGCAAGCAUGAAAAAUAUGUGUCAAAAUUUUACUUUAAGUGACAGACAGUGCCAAGCUCGUUUAUCUACUGGUGAAUACUCUCGUUGCAUUGACAAUUUGGCAGAAUAGUUAUAUGCUGGUCCAUCAUGUGUUUGUAAAUCAAAGUCAUAAAAUAUGGAUCUUAUACAUAUCUUGUAUGAAAUAUGUUUGUCUGAAUUUUAGUUUUAUCAUAUCACAGCUCUAAAAGAGGAAAGAUACAACAUUUGUACAAUGGUUUAAACUUCAAGUGAUUAUUUUGAGUAUCAUGUGUAAUUUGCUUUUACUACCAUAUAACACAUUUAUGUACUUAUUUAUUGAACAUUUUUUUUAACUAGUCAUAUUCUUUUUCUUAUAACCAUACAAUUCAGUAUAAGUCUUAUUUCCAUCGUAGAUAUAAAAUUGUGUGAAUGAUUUUCAUAUAACAAUGUGAGUGUUUGGCAGAAGCAGAUUUAGGAUGGGUAGGGUUCCCUGAGGCCCUAAUUAUUGAGCUUCAUUUAUGUUUAAUGCAUAGAUUCUUGGAAGUCCAACUUACCAAGGGGCAACUCCCACCCCCAACCCUUUAUUUCAAAAUCCUGAAUCUCUUUAUGUGUACCUGCUUGGAAUAUAAACACUUUCUAUUUAAAACAGUAAAAAAAUAAUGAAAAUCUGUGAUAUUUCAUGUACAGGUGUUAGUAAG